GAUGGGAGAGAUUGGCCUUAUAUAAACGGCAGAGUUGGCCACCGUCCUCCGAGACUACCUUUGGCAGCUUUAUUUCUCUGGUGCUUAGCUUCCUCCCUCUCAACCACUUAACUUAUUCAGGAUGGCCAGCCCCAAUCAUGGCAGUUUCCACGAGAGGCUGUCUCAUCUCCUCCAGACACACCCCGUUAAUGCCGACCAAUCCCUGGCUCGAUCUGCUUUGAUGUGGCUCUCAGUCGCCCGGCGCCCGCUUCGUGCCCACGAACUCUGGAUAGCCCUCCAGAUUGAGGGGUCCAGGGGUUCUGAACACAUGGAGCGACUUCUCAGCGAGAAGGCCUAUGUCGACGAACAGGAAGCCGCCUCCUCCUUACGGCAUCUCCUGGGGGGGCUGAUAAAGAUGACCAAGGACGCUUCGGAUCCAAAUAAGAUCAAUGUCGCUCUCUGCGACGCUGAACUGCGAACCUACCUCGGCCAUAUCGACGACGCCACUGCUGAGGGGGACUCGGUUCGAUCGCUUGCAUUCUCUACCCCUCAGGCACACAUCUUCCUUGCCAGUGUCUGUAUGGCCAUAUGCUCCGUAUCCACACUGCACUUAGCCCACGCUCACGACGACACAAGGGUCUCGUCAUUGGUGCUCUACUCUUGGUCAUAUUGGAAUGCUCACUUUUCACUGUCGGGUUACACGCUCGCAAACGAGAAUGCAGCUAAUGUUGCCAAUUCGAUGGUAUUCGGCGUAUCCAAAGAUGUCCUGGUCCUCCUCCUCUCGCUGAACGACUUCAUAACCGGACCGCUUACAUUCCGGUCUGAUACGAACCGGCUGGAGUGCGCCGCAAGCAUUCAGAGGGCGCAGAGGGCAAUAGAGCAGCCGAUGGUACUGCUAUCAGCCAUCGUACGACAGGAGGGAUACGCCGCGACGUUGCAAGGCGCAAGACAGAUCUUUGAAGCCUCUAAAUACUCCCACGCUGGACCUCGGUCAGCACUGCCCCAGAAAAGAGAUUCUAGAGUAGAACACCACCACCAAGGGCCUUUGCCUGAAGGUAAAGAUAGUGGAGUACUCUUGAACGGAUCGACAGCAGGUUCAAAGGUCGGCACUCUCAGGAUCGACAAUAUCCUGGCGGAGACGGAAUUCCUCUUCGGCGAGACGGAAAGGCAAACGGUGCAUGCCUUUGCCGAAGUGGCUCGAGGUCUUCGCUCGGUGUGUGUUGCGUUCGCGACUCACGCCCUCUACGCCCAUCUGUGCCGUCAAUAUGACGGCGGUUGGUCGCCCAUGGACGUCCUUGUCAACGCUGCAGAGUGGAUGGAAGCCUUGGCGAGCUACCCGUACUGGCAAGAAAUCCCCGAGGCAAUAUCACACAACCCUCUGGCAAUCUCGGAUACCAGCGACGAGAACUAUGAAGCCGCGCGGCUGGUCCUCGAGCACAUCAAGUCGGCGGGCCCGUCGUCCCUGCCAACGAGUGAUAAAAGCCUUCCUCGGCUGUCACACGAGUCGGGCUCAUCCAAACCGCCUGUAGGAAUCUCCGCAGCCCGAUGGUAUGCAGCAACGGCUGUUAGCAGGGCAACCAACUGGGCGUCUCCGGCCACCCCUGGCUCAACCUUCACGAUCAAUGACGUCCGAUCGCUCUCUCACCGUACGUCGUCAUUCGCCUCGUUUACAUCCCAGAUGCUCACUCCCGACGACCCUCUCCGAUUCCUCCAGCCCUUCAUCCCCAACGCCCUCCGUGGCUUCUACCGCAAGCGCAUGACGCCCCUCCUCGGCCGCAUCACCCACUCCAGCAUCGCCGAUACGCUGGACCAGCUCGGCUCCGGCGCCUUGACGGGCAGGUUCAACGACAACUGGCCGCUGCUCAAGUCGGCCCUGCUAUCGGACGGGUACCGGGCUGCGGCCGCCUACGUCGGCAUCGCCAUUCUCCUGAACCAUGUGCGCCGGACGCUAUUCCCGUGGAUGGGCACGUACAUGUUCCACGACCCCAUGGAAGACCUGCGCCUCGUCCUGUCCCGGCCCGACGUCUUCCUAGACCAGGUCCUCUCCUUCUCGUUGGGGUGGGCCAUCUUCAGCUACGCGCAAAAGUACGCCUGUGACAUCCUCGGCGGCCUCGCGAUGGGGCUCCUCCUCCUCGACAACGACAGAGCGCCCCAGGCGACGUUACACUCUGCUGCGACCGGCGACACCGCCACCCUCGCAGCCAGCCCGAAGCCCGUCCCCGAGCCGCUCAUGCGCGCCGCCAGGGUCGGGUACAUCCUAUGGGCGCUCUCAGCAGCCGACUACAUCUUCGCACGCACCGCCAACACCAUCUCCUUCCUCCUAGCCCUCCGCCGCCUCCUCCUUCCGCGCUCCCCAUCCGAGCACCUCGCCCUCACCACCACCCUCAAAUCCCACCUCCCCGCCCUCCCCCUCGUCGCCCUCCAACUCCACACCUACACCACAACAGCCCUCUGGCCCCUCUCCCGCGCCGCCCUCCUCGGCGCCGCCUCCGGCAGCCCGGGCCUCCUCCUCCUCCCCGCCUCCGCCGCCGCCGCCUGCUGGGCCGUCCUCCGCUUCCGCGCCCGCCUGUACAUGGCCAUCCAGCUGGCGGGAAUGUUCGUCGCCCUGGCCCUCGCCGUCGCGGGCUCCGCGCUGCUGGCCGCCGAGUUCGCCGCCGACCCGCUCGGCCUCGCGGGGUCCGCCGCGGCGGCGGAGAGGCUGGGCCGGAGCGUCCGCGGGGGCUUGCCCCGCGGGGCGGCGGAGAGGAUCCAAGUCCUGGCUGGGGGGAGGGGGAGAGGGACGGGGCCGGCGGAGGCACCGCUGCCGGGGAGGGUUGGGGAGGCGUGCGGACAAUGA